AUGGCACCCGCGCCUCUCCCUACAUUACAAAACCCUUGGGCCGGCAUGGAUCCCACAGAACCCGAGCGUCUCCGUACACAAUAUUUUGAGCAUCUCUAUACCUCGAAGACCUCACUGGCAUUCUACGUCAAGGGACCACUGAGUCGGGCACGAGCACAUGUGCGAUCAGGUGGAGACCCUGCGAAGGGAAUAUUUGAACUUUCCGAAUUUUACGAGCAAAUUAUAUUGCCUACAAAGAAAAUCGAUCUAAAAUACAAGGAGUCUCUGGCAAACAUCAUCAAAGCAUUGCCUUCGAUUGUGGCGGAGCAGGAAAGCGAGAGUGCCGUCGGACAAGCCGCAUCUCAAAAGAAAAGGAGUCGGAAGAAGAAAGCGAAGCUGGGCAAGGAUUGUCUGUGGCCUGACGAGGAGGACUUCAUUGCGAAAUGGUGGCGUAGCAGGGAUUUGAAGCCGACGAGCCUUACAGCGACCAGCCAGACCGAGGAGAUGCGGAAAGAAUUCGCUGAUUUGCGUAUGCGGGAAAGUGAAAUGCAGAUGCUUCUAAUUCUGGAGGUCAUGUUGCUUGAAAUCGCCGGAUCACGACUCUCGGAGAAUGCGAAGCCUGUGCAGGUAACAGAUCCCGACGUGAAGCUCGAAUCGAUCGAGGAUGACAACAAUGCAAUCUUGGCCACAGUUCCACAGAGGCAACAAAAGAGGAAGAGGCGCAACUGGUCGAGUGAAAUCGACACCAUCGUCGAUCGUCUAUGCAUCUGGCACACCAUCAGCCUCGAUGACCUUGUCGCCACAGAAGAUAAAAGGAACAGCACCACCUCUUCCAAAGCUAAUGAUUCCCUUAGGGACUUUUGCAAGGACGUCCUUCUCCCAUUCUACUCGAUCAAACUCCCAGAGCAAAUCAAAUCAAUAUGUCGUAAGCUCGGCGGACCCGAGAUUUCUCCCAAGCGAUCCAAACAUCUUCCUCCAGCACCUUCCGCAACCCUGCAUAGAUCGUCCUCGAUAUCGUCACUCACAAAACCUACAUCAGCAAGGCCAUUCACGAAACGGACUCUCGAGAGGGUUCUUAGCGAAGACCACCAACUCCAUCGGCACGGCUCGCCGCCGACUACCUUCUCCCGCGGUCCCUCUGUAACAGCUUCCAUGACGCAGAAUCCUAUAAUCCCAACUCUAAAGCGCGAGCCUUCUGAGAGGCCCGUCUCUCGCGGGGGCAACCUCUCAAAGUCGGUAUCAUUCAGUAGUCGCGAAAUUGAUCUUGCUGCGGAUCAAAGGGCGCAUGAUCUCAAGCGGCGCAAGCUCGAUCGGUUGGCUCAGCAGAAGAAGGAGUUGGAGGCCGCAAUUGAUGCGCUUAAGAAGCCCGAUCGCAGGACCGUGGCAGGACUCUUCAUGGACGAAGUAGAGGACAGGAAGAGUAGGGAGAAGGAGCGGAAGCCAGCAAUCCAGAUAUCUGCAACGCCGAGGGCGAAGCGGACCCAAGAUUUCAUGCAGGAGCCAGAAUUGCCGCUACAGCCAAGAGUGACGAUUCAGGAACAAGAUACAGGAGCGAUAAUUCCGUCGUCAACAGUCAAGCCUCGGCUGGUACGUCCUGGGAUACCGAGUUCGACCAGCACCACUAGAUCGUCAGCGACAAAACGAGCAGUCCUUGCAGCCAUUCAUGAGACGCCAUCACGCGGGAUCGACAAGAAAACUUCGAAUCCGCUGAACUUGCCAACUCUUUACCCCUCUCAGGCUGGGCCAGGAGACCUGUUCACGAUAGCAUCAAUUCCGGCAUCCAAACGAACAAACCUUGGUGGAGAAAGCGUGCCUUUGUCUGACCCUGAUCCGCCUUCUGGAUCCUCGCAGGUUGGACGUUCUGAGGGGACGAACAGUGUGCAAAGCCUGCGCAUGACUCGGUCCCAGCGCCCAGUUCUUUUUACGCCGGUGAAGAGGAGUGAUGUGCCGCUCGACCAUGUAUUCCGCGACGCACCAGAGAUUCCUGAGCAAGCCGGACAGAUGAUGGAUCGAGUCAUGGGUGGUAAGGGACGUGGGAUGAUGGAUGACAGCUUUCGGUGGACUCAGAGUCCUGAUGAUACGAGGACGCCUAGAGGAGGGACUUCUGAGAAAGCAUGCCCCGCCACUGAUGAGGUUGAGGAGGGAGACAUUUACGACAAAUUGGGUUGGAAUGAUGACUUUGACCUGUGA